UUACUGUUAAUGUUAGCAUGCACAUGCUACUGUAUACAACUAGUAUAGGAAAGAUAUUGGCCAGACUAUGAUAUCAAAUCAACCUCAGAAAUCCCCCGAAGCUUAUUUGUAUUCUACUUUACGAAACCCCAUGAGGAUAUUGCGCUUUUCAUGUAUUGAGCACAUCCACUUUGCUAGAUUUCUUGGUUUUUACAUUCCCAACCGGAAUCAUUGUCCCUUUUGAUUUCCUACCAUCUUCACCUCCUUAUAUUCUCCCCCCCAUUCUCUUAUCCUAUCCACAACACUUCUCUAGCUAUCAUUGCUCUUCAGCUCUCUUCUUUCCAAUACCUCGUUCAAUAGCUCCAAGGUUCUGAGUUGCAAGCUAACAUGGGUGAGAUAGCUUUACCAAAUGGCAUUAGCAAUGGCAAUAUUAAUGGAGUCAAUGGACAAAGCCAUUCUCUUAAUGGUUACAGGAAGAGUUGUUGGUAUGAAGAAGAGAUUGAAGAGGACUUAAGAUGGUGCUUUGCUCUCAAUAGUAUAUUGCAUACAGGAGCUAGCCAGUACCAAGACAUUGCAUUGUUGGACACAAAGCCCUUUGGAAAGGCUUUGGUAAUUGAUGGAAAGCUUCAGAGUGCAGAGACAGAUGAAUUUAUCUACCACGAGUGUCUAGUUCAUCCGGCUCUGCUUCACAAUCCUAGCCCAAAGAAUGUUUUUAUUAUGGGAGGAGGAGAAGGCUCCACUGCAAGGGAAUUGCUUAGGCAUAAGACUAUAGACAAAGUUGUAAUGUGUGACAUAGAUGAGGAGGUGGUGAAUUUCUGCAAAUCGUACUUUGUGGUGAACAAGGAAGCAUUCCGUGACACAAGACUUGAGGUCGUGAUCAACGAUGCCAGGGUUGAACUAGAAGCCAGAGAUGAGAGCUAUGAUGUGAUAAUUGGCGACUUGGCAGACCCAAUUGAUGGAGGUCCUUGCUAUAAACUUUACACCAAGUCCUUCUAUGAGUUGAUUGUCAAGCCUAGACUGAAGCAAGGUGGCAUAUUUGUAACACAGGCAGGACCAGCUGGAAUAUUUAGUCACACAGAAGUCUUCUCAUGUAUCUACAACACCUUAAGACAAGUUUUCAAGUAUGUUGUGCCUUAUUCAGCUCACAUCCCAUCCUAUGCUGAUAUUUGGGGAUGGGUUAUGGCUUCAGAUUCUCCAUUAGACCUGAGUGCAGAAGAGCUAGACCUCAGAAUGAGACAUAGGAUUAAGGGGGAGAAUGGAUAUCUUGAUGGGAAAACAUUCACAUCAGCCUCAACUUUGAGCAAAACUGUUCGCAACUCGCUGGACAAUGAAACUCAUGUAUACACAGAGGAAAGUGCUAGGUUCAUAUAUGGCCAUGGCAAGCAUGCAUAACCAAGCUUGAGAAGUAAAACCAAAUAGUAACGCCAAAAGAGACACACAAUGCAAGUGAAAAAGGCUUUCCAAGACUUUAUUUUAUUUCAUCUUUUAUGCAUUUCCCUUUGUUUGUUUUUUUUUUCUUUCUUUUGGUGUGUAGUUCACCUGAAAAGGCUUACAUGAUAUAUGAAUGGGCUACAAGCGGGUCCUAUCUUGUGCUUCUCUAUGAAUCUAUCAAUAUUCUGAAUCUGAAUCACUUAGUCAACUACUUAAAAAAAAAUUACGGUUGAGUUACUACUA